UUCCCUUCUUCCCUUCUUCCCUUCUUUCCUUCUUUCCUUCUUUCCUUCUUCUUUCCUUCUUUCCUUCUUUCUUUCCUUCUUUCUCUCUUUCUUUUUUUUUAAUAAACCCUUACCUUCCAUCUUGGAAUCAAUACUGUGUAUUUGUUCCAAGGCAGAAGAAUGGUAAGGACUAGGCAAUGGGGGUUAAGUGACUUGCCCAGGUUCACAUAGCUAGGAAGGAUCUGAGGCUAGAUUUGAACCUAGGGCCUCCCAUCUCUAGGCCUGGCUCAAAAUCCACUGAGCUACCCAGCUGCCCCCUAGGUCUAGCAUUCUAUCCAUUUUGCUAUCUAGGUACCUCUUGAUAUAUUUUAAGUAGAUGUGCCAUGGAAGUUUCUUGAGCAGAGGAGUAACAUGAUUAAGGUUAUACUCAGGCCAAUGAAUCUGGUUGUCCUGGCCAGGAUGAACUAAAGGGAAAAGCCUUUCCUAGUUAAAGAUGAACUACUGGGGCGAAGACCUGCCCUGUAGUAUGAUAGUCCUUUUAAAUGUUUAUUAUUUUGUGGAAUAUUUCCAAAUUACAUGUAAAAUUUUUCUUAAUAAUUUUUUAAUAUGAUUUUUAAGGUGCUAAUGGAUAGAGAGCCAGGGAUACAGCCCAGAGAUCCUGGGUUCAAAACUGGUUCUCAGACACUUCCUAGCUGUGUGACCCUGGGCAAGUCACUUAACCCCUCCAUACCUAGUUCUUACUACUCUUCUGCCUUGGAACCAAUACACAAUACUGAUUCUAAGACAGAAGGUAAGGGCUGGAAGGAAGGAAGAAGAAAGGAAAGAAGGAAGGGAAAGAAAGAAGAAGAAAAAGAAAGAAAGGACCAUUAGAUUUGUCAAUUAAGAUAAUGUUAGUAACUUUAGAGAGAACAGUUCAGGGGACUUAGCCACAAAAAAGAGAAGAGAGAUAUGGGACUAUGGCUAGCAGGAAUAGAAAGAUCAAGGGAGGGUUUUCUGAGGGUGGAGAAAACAUGGAUGAAUUUGUAGGCAAGAGGGAAGCAUCUAGUAGACAGGGAGAGAUUACAGUUAAAUGAUAGAGUACAGCUGAGAGACAGGGCAAUCUUCUGAAGAAGAUGAGAUAGAUGAAUAUAAUAACAUUUUAUUACAUGGUAGAAAGAACAAAUAUCAAGAAUACAAGGAAAAAUAGGAAAUCAUAUGAAGUGAGAUAGAAUGAAAAAAUUAAACAAUACAUAUACACUGACUAUAAUUAUUUCAGGAAUAGUAAAAUCAAUAAAAUCCAGAAAAAUCUCAGGAAAAUAGGGCUCAAAAGGGUAAAAAAAUAUACAUAUUACAUAUUUCUAAACCCUUACCUUCUAUCUUAAAAUCAAUACUAAAUAUCAGUUCUAAGUCAGAAGAGUGACUUGCCCAGGGUCACACAGGUAGAAUGUGUCUGAGGCCAGAUUUGAACCCAAGUCUCUAGGCCUGGCUCUCUCUCUGCUGAGCCACCUAAGUCACAUAGUACAUUUUAAAAAUAAAUAAUGGGCUUUUAUUUUUGCAUUUGAUUUUUUUUAAAAAAUGUUUAUUUGUGUAUUUAGGUACAUUUUUGGACCUGCCAACAUUUAUUAAACAUCUAUUCUGGGUCAAGGACUAUACUGGUGUAAUGAAAGAACUGACCAAUGAGGAUCCACUCCUUUAAGCAUCUGUAGAUAUUUCCCUGCCUGGUUCCUGUCUAAGCAACCACUUGGAAAGCUGGUGAUCUGGCCAUGUGUGAUCAAGUUGCUGCUGUGUGAAAAUGAAGUCUUCUAAUUGGCUGAGGAGCUGAAAGGACAGAUGAUGCAGCAUGUGCCCAGCCAGAAUUGAGUUAAAAUACAAAAGGGUCUUAACUAUCUUUUACACUUUUUCUUCAGGCAUUGAGUGAGGCAAGAACUAUUGUGAGCUACUGGAUGGGAGAGUGGAAGCAAUUUGCAUUUCCUACUCAGCUGCCACCAGCACUCCGCAUCCUGGUUUCUUUUGCAUUGUUCUUCCCUAUCUUAAGUGAAUGGGUGUCUUUCAGUGGGAUCCUUCAUAGACAACAGCAAGGUCACACAGUAACCUUAUGAGCUCUAUCAGAGCUGCCAGAGACUCCACCAACAACCAGAGGCAGCAGCAGAGUCCACUAGGAGUAGCACUGGAGCCUCAGCAGACACAUGGGGAAAGCGAAUUACCCGAGGACUAGGGUGGCUUCAGGAGCACGACUCUUGAGGAGAGAAAGACUGUCUGUAGACCAUCAAAAGCAUGGACACUUGAACCCUGGUAGAAAGCUAUACCCGAGGGGAAAAGACCUCACAAAGGGGAAAAAAAGACUCCCAAGGCCAAGGUUUAAAUGAAUCACUCUCUGCUCUAUGUGGAUACACAUGGGAGCCCCAUCUUAACAUUUGUUACAAGCAGGCAACCACAGCAUGCUCAAACCCAACCCGAUGUGGGGAUCUUUACAUUAGCCUUAAACGAGAGUCUUGGCUUCUUCAGAGUGACGCAGGGUGCAAACUCUAAGAGAAGUUGGCCAUCCUUUGGGAAGAGUUUUCUCUUGGUCCCAGUGACUUGCCGUCGUGACCCACAGAGCAAUUGACAGUCCGCUGCAAUGGCCGCGGGAGCGCCCGAAUCCCAGUCGCGAUUCGGCCACUCGGUGAAGGGGUUGCUCACCGAAAAGGUGAAUGCCUGCGGUACCGACGUGAUCGCCCUUACCAAGCAGGUGCUGAAGGGCUCACGGAGCUCAGAGCUGCUGGGUCAAGCAGCGCGAAACAUGGUACUGCAGGAAGAUGCCAUCUUGCACUCGGAAGAUGUAAGGAGCGUUUUCUUUGAAGAGUUGGGUUGUCUAAGGACAGCGUCGCUGUGUCGCUGCCAUGAAGUGGACGGUUAUAUUUCUGUGUGUGUUUGUUUUCUGUUCACAGAGUUUAAGGAAAAUGGCAAUUAUAACCACUCAUCUUCAGUACCAGUAAGUACGGGGUCUGUGCCACGGCCUCCGGAUGCUGCUUCGUCAUUACCCUUCACUUCUUUCUCUCUGCUUUUGGGAGUCAGCACAAUUUCCACGUGUGCGUGUGCGUGUGUGUGUGCGCGCACACAUGUGUGAUGGUGGUGUUGGGGGCAACUUCAAAGUGUGCUGACUGGAAAAGAUCCCCAAAGCUACAGAGAAAGUUGGGGAGGUGGGCAAAGAGGAGGGGGAAAUCUCUGUAGGGACAGUCUGUCUGUGCCUGCUCGUGAUCUCCCCGGGGCAGCCACAGGGGCAGGAGGGGUGUUGGGGGGCCGAGGGGCCUGGUGGGAACGAUGGGAAGGAAGCAUUCCUUGGCUUGGGACUUUAUCCCUGUGGUUCACACUGAAGCACUCGUGUCCAGGACGUACAGAGCACACUCAUAGGUUAAAAAAAAAUACUACUAUGUAUUGGUUCUAAGACAGAAGAGCAGCAAGGGCAAGUAGACAUUGGGGGUUGUGACUUGUCUAGAGAAUCAAACUGAUAGGCCAGAUUUGAACUCAGUACCUCCCAUCUCUAGGUCUGGUUCUCAAUCCACUGAGCCACCCAGUUGCCCCCACAAAUGAUUUUUUAAGAGAUCCUCCCCACCCCACCCCCAGGAUUCCUAAAAUGAUCACACGGUAGUUUUAAUAAACCUCAUUUAUUCUUCCUCCUAUUUGCUUCAGUUUCUUUUUUUCUGUUUUGUAGCCUAGCCUAGGAGGAGGACAUUGGGGUGCUUCUUUGUUCCCUUUAUUUCCUUUGGAGGAAUGUUCCAUUGCAUUUGAGCUUCUGUGACUCACCCACCGUACCCACGUGGCUGUUCUCUGGGCGGACGUCCCCAGGGUGAAUUAGAGCCGAGGCCCAUCCCACGACAGCGCUGGCUGGUGCCCGAAGGACAGGAUGGGGGUCGGGGGUGGGGAGCCAUCUUGGCAGCCAGGAUGCCCCAGGCAGGAGCGGGAUCCUUUAGAAUGACGGCACCAAAGAAGGCGGCAAAAACUGGGCUCUUAUUUUACUCGUGCGAUUCCUCCCCUGUUCACUGAGUCGGAAUAUAAUUCUUAUUUUCCUCUUCUUUUUCACUGAGGCAAGAAGCUAUCCAGAAGAAGUAAGUCAUCCCGGGGGCCUGGGGUGGCCUGGGGUGGGGAGGGAGCAGCUUGGCUUGGAGCAGCUGGGGGGGGGCAGAAUUUGGGUCACUACAGGCUGGCUCAGACGCCCCUAAAGAUGCUCAUUACUUCCAUGCUUGCUGCUCGUUGGGUCCUAACAGUUUAUGCAAACAGCGUCUAAAACCAAAUUUAAUCAUUUUUAAUUGGCAGCAUCAAUUCCGUACUAAUGGAUUAUGAGCAUUUGUUGAAUUGAAUUGUUUAAUGGGCUCCAGUGAAUAAAAUUGUUGGCUCUGUAAGCCCUUUGCCAACCAGGAAUAUUUCUUUCAUCCUAUUCAAAGCACUUGCUCCCUGCUACAUAAUAGGCACUUAAUACCUUAAAAAAACCUUCCCUUCUGCCUUAGAAUCCAUGCUAAGGAUCCAUUCCCAGGCUGAAGAGCAGUCAGGGCGAGGCCAUGGGGGUUAAGUGACUUGCCCAGGGUCACCCAGUGAAGAGGUGUAGGAGGUCAGAUGUGAACCCCCUUAUCUCUAAGCCUGGCUCUCUCCACGGAGCCACCCAGCUGCCCCAAGAAAUGCUUCUUCGCCAAUCGGUCAGGGAGAUAAAAUGUGCCCCCUGCAUCCUGCUUAUAACAUUGAUGUGUUUAGCAAAUCUUUUCCCCUUCCUGCCACUGGCAGUGCCAGGAGCCGAGUCCACUGCCCCAAUAUGAGAACUCCCGAUCGAGAUUGGGAGGAGGGGGAAGAGGUCUCCAGGGGACAGAGAAUAUUUAAAAAUGAAAGUGAAAAAAAAAGUUUGUUUACCAAAUGAACCUUUUUCUCCAUCUGAUUUGCAGUGUUGAACUGUCUUCAAACCUACAGGACCAGCUGAAACACUUGCUGAAGUGAAACGACAUCUGGAAAGCCCCAAAGCGCAUUUCUCAGAGCCUUGCUUGGUGCUGCCCAGCUUGUAUCCCCCCAUUUACGGAGGAGAAAUUUUUUAAAAAAUUAUUUAUUGAAUGAAUUAAUUUAGAUUAUUUUUCCAUGGUUCCAUGAUUUGUGUUCUUUCCCUACCCCCUCCCAGAACCCACAAGCCAUUCCACUGGGUUGUACAUGUGUCAUUGUCUGAGAAGAGAAUGGUGGUGGGCUGCCGCUUUUCCCCAUAUUGGGGGGGCUUCUCUCCCCACCGAAGGGCCACAUCAAAGGCAAAACACCAAACCCAUGGCCAAACUCAGGAGGACCAUUUGGUUCUGCAUGGGCCAAACUGCUCCCUCUCCUGGAAUUCUUCAUUUACUCUGUUUUAAUUUUAAUAAAACCCGAAUUAAGAGAAA